UUUCGCUAUUCAAUAAUUCAUUCCUCCAUAUCUCUCUCUCCACUCUCAGCUGUGACACUUUCUUAUUUAUGGCAUCGCCAUAUGUAACUAUUAUUACAACUACAGGGCUUCCCUAGUCGCACUUGGUAAUCCUCCUUCAACGCCUUCUUUGCCUUUUUGCCCUCGUGGUCCUGUGGCUUAGCAUCAGAAAUUCUAUCAAACACCACAACACCUAUUAUCGCACCCGCCUUAUCUCUCGCCUUUGUGCCUCGUCUACCUUAUUAUUACCCAGCCCCGUCGCUUGCGCUUCCCUUUCUCAAAUAUCCCACCCUCUCGAAGCUUGUGUUCCCAACAAUUCCAAGACGCACACACCACCACUAUAUGCGGUCCUGUGGAUGGCCAUCAUAAAUGGAUAAGGAUUGUUUCAAGACCAAAUACGACCGUUCGGCGUCAGCCGACUCCCCGCCAGCCUAUGGCGAAAGUGCAGAAACACGAGGCAGCCUCCCCCAUCGCAUAAUAGAGAGCUUUAAGAGAGACCCAAAUGCCCAUGUUACCGCACAUAUAUCCUUCGCAUCGUUGGCUCCAGGCCAGAAAUUCGACCUGGAAAAUGCAGUGGAAAAAACGGCCAACUCUCCACUCCAACGCAGCCUGAGAGGUCGUCAUUUACAGAUGAUUGCGAUUGGUGGUUCUAUUGGUACUGGUCUCUUUGUCGGAUCCGGAAAGGUGCUUGCGACAGGCGGUCCAGCAUCUCUUCUUAUUGCGUAUGCCUUGAUUGGAUGCAUGCUCUACUGUACUGUGCACGCGCUUGGAGAGAUGGCUGUCAUAUUUCCCGUAGCAGGCUCAUUUGCGCACUUUUCGACUCGAUUCAUUGACCCAGCUUGGGGAUUUGCCAUGGGUUGGAAUUACGCUCUGCAGUGGCUUGUCAUUCUGCCGCUGGAAAUUGUUGCUGCAUCAAUUACCGUCGACUACUGGGAGUCUACAAUCUCUAAUGCCGCGUGGGUUGCCUUAUUUUGGUCUAUUAUUGUGUCCAUCAAUCUCUUUGGAGUCAAGGGUUAUGGUGAGGCAGAAUUUGUUUUCUCCUUUGUGAAAGUUAUAGCCGUUAUUGGUUUCAUAAUUCUCGGGAUUAUUUUGAACUGUGCCGGAGGUCCGAAUGGCGGCUAUAUCGGCGGCAAUUAUUGGCAUGAUCCGGGCGCAUUCAAUAAUGGCUUCAAGGGUCUUUGCAGCGUCUGUGUCAAUGCUGCUUUCGCAUUUGUCGGAACCGAACUGGUUGGUCUUGCGGCAGCCGAAACAGCAAAUCCUCGCAAGUCCCUGCCCACCGCCGUCAAACAAGUUUUCUGGCGUAUCACCCUCUUCUACAUUGUCUCCCUCACCUUAGUUGGCCUUCUUGUCCCGUACACAGACGACCGGCUCAUUAACAGCAGAUUUUCCGCGGAUGCCAAGGCGUCUCCCUUUGUGAUUUCUAUUAAAAAUGCAGGGAUCGAAGUAUUGGACUCGGUGAUGAAUGUUGUGAUUAUGAUAGCCGUUAUCUCUGUUGGUAACUCGGCUAUUUAUGGAUCUUCUCGUACCUUGGCGGCUCUCGCCGAACAGAGACAGGCUCCUAGCUUCCUGGCCUAUAUCGACCGGAAGGGGCGUCCUCUGUGGGCCAUUGGCAUUGCAUCUGCUCUCGGGCUACUUGGAUUUUUAGCGGCGACUGAUCAGCAGGAGAAUGUUUUCGAGUGGAUGAUAGCGAUCUCGGGCCUGUCGUCCAUUUUGACCUGGGGUUCGAUCUGUCUCGCACACAUACGUUUCCGUCGAGCAUGGAAGAUCCAGGGUCACAGCCUGAACGAGCUGGCGUUUCGCUCCCAGGCAGGAAUCAUCGGCUCUUGGGUCGGAUUUAUAUUUAACGUGCUCCUUCUGAUUGCGCAGUUUUGGGUAGGCUUUGCGCCUAUCGGGUACGAAGAUAUGACGACGAUUGGGCUGGUCCGCAACUUCUUCUCCAAGUAUUUAGCGGCGCCAGUGGUCCUUCUUUUCUACAUCCCUUACAAACUCUGGUUUAGGACGAAAGUUCUCAGUUGUCGAGACAUGGACUUGCGGACGGGACGACGAGAGCUGAACAUCCCAUACCUGAUACAGGAGGAGCGAGCGAUGCAAGCGGCCUGGCCAGCAUGGAAAAGGCUGUACAAGUUCUUCUGCUAGAGCGGUUGUGUGUACAGAGAUUUUAUAAUGAUUUAAUACCCUGAUGAUAUCCGAUGAAUAUGACUGCCUAUAACUAUAUCCUAGUCCUAGAUUACCAUAGUUACAUCCAAG